AAAGGAUUGUGGGUACCAGUUUCCAUGGAAACCAUUGUAAACGAAUGCGGGGUAAUAGGCACACGACACUUCAGUUCCAAGUAGGCAUGCAGAAAACCAUGUGAAUUUUGACAUUAAUCACCCUCCAUAGUUACAUGGUAGGUGCCUAUGAUUGAGUUUUCUCUAAAGUUCCCCUUACUAGGGUUUCCUUCUUUCGUCACCGACAACUCCGGACUUGUGAAAACUAAAUUUCCCAUGCUGCAUUGUGACAACGCCUCCCCUGCCUCAAGAAUGCCAGGCACACCCCCCACCCCCCACAUUUGUGAAAAUGGCAGUCUCCGGAGAAGCCUCUGGAUCGGAGACCGAAUCUUCACGGGUCUUUCCAACUCUCCUCCGGUCUCCGAGCAUGAUUUUCAGCGAGUCUGUGCACCCGGCGGUGUCCGGGAUGGUCAGCCAGCUUUUCAUGCAGCAGCCGAUGGCUCUCAAAUUCGAUAAGAACAUCAAACAGGCCUUUUACAAUACAGGGGCUAUGAUAUUCGUAGCGAUCUGCUGUGGGGCUGCCGUGUUGGUGUACUUUAUUCUGGAGGCGUUUCUCCGGCCGCUGCUGUGGGCUGUCCUGUGUGGCACUUUCCUUCAUCCUUUCAAGUACUCCCUCGCCCGAAUCGGCCGGAGGUGGCUGUCCAGCCUCCAGGAUACUGGCACUCCGAUAGUACUGGGGACAGUGUUGCUUCCAGUGUGGUUCGUUAACUACGGCGUGGAAACCCUGGGCGACCUGGUUCUGAAGAGGCUCAAGGCUCUGUUGUUGCUUGUUACUGGGGUGCCUGUGCUUUUUUUUCUUUAUUAUUUCGGGAGCGUCAUCGGAGUGCAGGUGGUAAUUCAGCACGCCUGCGGAUUUAUUUACAGCGCACUGGACUACUUCAAUGCAGUUUGGGUUUUUACACUAGUUGCUGGUUACUUGUUGGCUGUGUUAUUCAAAUGGACUCCCAGCACACAGCCCUAUCUGAGAGCCAUUUCUGUACCUGUGUGGACGGUCCUGCUCUUCUAUUUGGCCUCAGUGACUGGCUCGUGGCGGACCCCUGUCUUCUUGAUCCUUGUUUCCCUCAUGAUCGUGGGCACCCUGCACGGAACGCAGAAAGUCAAUGGGAAAAGUGGCGAGAUCUCUAGCAAAGUGCUUUUCAUUGCUGCCAGCACCAUCUCCAUGGCGAUCUCCUACAGCGGCCUGGUAGAGUCUCACGAACAUCAUCCUGUGGCCCCUCCCCCAGAAUCCUCCAGGAACGAGCACACCCCCUCCACCAGCUCGUCCCCUCCCUCCGGUUCCAGUGGCCAGAUGCGUUCUGACAUCCGCUUCUUCCUGCACAAGAAGAAGACCAGCGAUAUCUACUUUGUUCUACUGGUCUGGGCCAUCGUCCUGGUGCAGAUCUGGCUCAACCUGUGGAUUCUACAGCUGCUCUCUGUGCCUGUAGCUGUGUGGGUUGUGAAGAAGCUGGUCCAGCACUUCGGACUGAUGAACUUUGCCAGGAGGAACCUGGUUUCCUGGUGGGAGGUGGUUCAGAAUUCCGUGAUGGAGCGGCAGGAUGCGCUGGCUCCGGGGCCCAUCAGGGGCCUCGGACACUUUCUUGUUAAAGUCGACACAAAGCUGUGGCAUUGGCUUAACAAGCAGAUGAUCAUCUGGCUGGAGAGAUCACUGGAUAAGAUCAUCAGCAUUUUCAUCAUCCUCCUGCUGGUCAUGGGGACCUUACUGCUAGCCCUGCUGCUCACUGCAAAGGUACACCAGGAGAGCGUGCAUAUAAUUGAAGUGACCAGCAGCCUGAUCAACGAGACAGUCGCAAACCACCCAGAAUGGGCCAAUAUGCUUCCAGAAACUCAGGUAGUACAGAAGGCACUGAAUUCUGCUGCCAAUAAUGUCUAUCAAUAUGGAAGAGAGUGGAUAACGAACAAGCUACACAAGAUUUUAGGGGAGAAGGUUAAUAAUACAGCUGUGAUUGAGAAACAAGUCCUGGAGCUGUGGGACCGGCUCUAUCAGUCCUGGUUUGUGAAGAACAUCACCCACUCAGGGCGACACCGCGGUCACAAGACACAAAUUAACCGUCAGAACAGCUGGCUGGGAGACAUACUGGAUUGGCAGGACAUUGCUUCCUUUGUGCACGAGAACAUUGAAACCUUCUUAUCCAUCCUGGAGUCCUUGUGGGUUGUGAUGAGCCGCAAUGUCAGCCUGCUCUUCACCACCACCACCACACUGCUGACUGUGCUCUUCCACAGUGGAACAGCGCUGCUAAACUUUGCACUGUCUGUGGUGAUUUUCUUGACCACGCUGUUUUACCUGCUGAGCUCCAGUGGUGAAUACUAUAAGCCUGUGAAAUGGGUUAUCAACCUGACGCCACUGUCCCAGCCAGGACCCUCCUCCAAUAUAGUAGGUCAGUCUGUGGAGGAAGCCAUACGAGGUGUUUUUGACGCUUCCCUGAAGAUGGCUGGCUUCUAUGGACUGUACACAUGGCUUACACACACUGUAUUUGGAAUCAACAUUGUCUUCAUUCCAUCAGCCAUGGCUGCUAUCCUGGGAGCUGUGCCUUUCCUGGGGACGUACUGGGCGGCGUUGCCGGCAGUCUUGGACCUGUGGCUCGCACAGGGAGAGAGCGUCAAAGCUGUGCUGCUUCUGGUCUUCCAUCUGUUACCAACCUACUUUGUGGACACUGCCAUCUACUCUGAUAUAUCAGGCGGAGGGCACCCCUAUCUGACAGGUCUGGCGGUGGCGGGAGGAGCCUACUACCUGGGCCUGGAAGGAGCGAUCAUGGGGCCGAUCCUGCUCUGCAUCCUGGUGGUGGCCUCCAAUAUUUAUAGCGCCAUGCUGAUGAGCCCGAGCAGCUCCCAGCCCACCCCAGUGCAGCCAGCCUGGCCUCUGAACACACACAGGGGUUUUACAGACCGUCCUGAUGACCCAAAGGAAGACUGAUGGAGGAGGGGGAGGAUGCCAUGACACAUGCUUUGCGUGCUGGCAACCAGUGGCUCUUAGACUGCAACGUGCCAAAUGAGCCAACCGGGAGUGGGCGUUUCUUUUCACAGCUGCUGGCCUUACAUCCUUUGCACUUAGUCUGUCAAGCAGACAAGCCUGCCUCACGUAAUUUUGCACAAAACCCAUCGGGGCUGUCCUGCUAAAGUGGGGAGCCAGGUGGCUCGGCGCUGUCUCUCCAUCCGAACUUGUAGAGGCAGCUUUCUUUCAGUGUCCCGCUGAGUCGGUUUUUGAGGCUACAGAAGCUUUCUAAGAUUCUGUUCUUUUUUUUGUUCUUUUGAGUUCAAAACCUGGCAUUCUGAAGGCUCAAGUACUGCUCAGCAUACAUCCUAUAUUUUGUUUUGCUGUUUGAUUUAAGAUAGAUCACAAAGCCUACAAUAUGUUUUUAGUUUCUUCUGUAAUAUUGUUCAUUUGAAAUAUCUUAAGCUCACUGUGACAAGGUCCUGUAUAUUUAUAUUUACAUUUCAGUUCUGCUAACUUUCCCCUUUAACUAGGGCUGUUGUUUUUAAUGUUUUUCAAAUUGUUGGUUAUAACUCAUAAUAUAUGUAAUGGAUUUAUAUUAUUAUUAUUUUAAACAUGAAAGGUACAAAGCCAAGAGGGAAAGGGGGAAAAUAAUAUAUAUAUAGUGACUGGGUAACUAAUGUUUUCCAUCUUUCCAUCUUUUGCAAGAAAUAUUUUCCCCUUGUAAAGCACAGCAUUAAAAACAGUAUAUUCUGUGGUUUAAGAAGUACAAAGAUUCAGUAAGCUUGUGUAUGCUUCUGUAAAAACUACUUGUGUAGACUUCCAAUUAAGAGAUAAGGUUUAUUCAGUGUGUCCUAGUGGAGUAGUCAAGCAUUAUUGAAAUAGCUAGUGUUGUUUGGUACUACAGACGCAACAUAUUGUUUGAGGCUAUGGCCAAUGGAAUGGUACUGUAAUUAAAAAUUUGAUGGAAUAUUUCAACUACUUUUAUUACACCAGUCCCCUGUAGAUGACUAAGGUCUAAGUGUGUUUUAUUUUUUUUGUUGUUUUUUGUUGUUUUUUUCUUAAAGUGAUUCAGAUGGUCAAACUCUGUUGCUCAGCUAUUUCUAAAGAACGUGUUGUGAUCUUCAUACAAUUCCAAGAUGAAGGUCUGUUAAGGUACUGUAUCUCACUACUCGGCAUCUCAGACCAUUUAUACCAAACAAAACGGUUUGUUUCCCUAAUGUAGAAACACCAUUUGUUUCCUGAGGUAAGGCAGUCCAAGAUUAGUACUAACCAGGGUCUGUGAAAAUUGUUGCAAAAAAAAAUAUUACAGAAGUAGUAACAAGCAACUUGGGCAGGAAAAUAACUUGGCACAAUGGUGUAAAAAGCUUAAAAACACUCUGCUAAAACAACUUCAUCAAGGAGGAAAUCUAAAGAAAAUACUGCAUUGAGUCUGUGUUGGGUCCUGGUAAAAAGUGUUAAACAGAAUAAAAAAAAUACUAUGGAAGACAGAGAGACUUGGAAUGCCUUCCUGAAGAAUAUCUAUUCAAAUAACCAAUAGCUGGAGUAAGCAGGUUCGAUCUUUCUGCACGCUUAACAUUGUAUUUCACCAUCCCUGUGCUCAAGUCUGUUAGCUUUCGAGAAAAAAAAAAAAAAAAAAAAAAAAAAUCUAUUAUUAUAUAUGGAAAACUAUAAAUAUGGUCAGUUAUGGUAGUUAAAGUUCAGCUUCUGGUCAGUGACUUGUAGUGUGUUGUAUGAAGUGAGGGCUAGACAUUUAGAAUUGCUGUUCUUGUGCUCUGCACCAGGUUUCUGAUAGAGUAAGGAAGAGCUUUAUGAUGUUAUUCAGAUGUUUUCCCAAUUCAAUUUCAAGCAUAACAGUGUGUACAGUGUCCCAAAUACAACUUUGUUAAAUCUUUGGUUGUUUACCGCAGUGCUGAACAGGAAAGGCGUUUUUUUUGCAUUUGUAAAUUAAACUCUAAUGAUCCAUUUAUAAAACAUCUAAUAAUGUGUUAUUACCGGUUUUAAUACUAAUUAACAAAGAAUAACAGUUUAUUACUGUGGCAUUUUAAUUAUACAUGACCUGCGUAAUGCUUUGUCACAAUCUCAUAAACCUGUUCCUGUAGUCUGUUGUUGUUGUUAUUAGCUGCCUAAUAAUUACAGCAUUAUUGUAUAACACAUUAUUUUUGAUUGUUCAUAACAAAUACUUCAGCUUGAAUUUUACUGUUUUGUACUGGCAAUGGGAAGAUAUAUUUACAAUCAUGUGGCAUGUAAUUUACAGGACAAACAAUAUGGAACAUGAAAUCCAUGGACUUUUAAAGUGUUGCAGUGUUUAGGUUCUUACAGUAACGUACAUGAUGUGUCGCACAAAUAGAGUGUAUGUGUAGAAGUAUAUAUAUGUCUUGCACAGAUUGUAUUUCAGUAUUAUUAUUAAUGAUGCUCACUGUUUUAUUUUAAGAAGUAGUAGUUUACAGUAGAGAGAUACUGUCAUUUGGAGAAUUUUACAUAGGAUAUGUAAAGAAAAUAUUUUGCUAUCUAACACGAACUCUACAAACUAUUUGUAAACAUCAGCUGUAUUUCUUUAUUUAUUUUCUGUCUGGGUCCUUAAUUUGAAUCAAAGUGUAUGGCGCUGCCAUGGCUAUACUGCCAUGGCAGUGCCAUUAUUUUGAUUGAAUCCACAUCUGUAUUUGGUAUGUGAACAGCAAUGCAAGAGAAGAGAGUGGUUCUGUGAUUUCUCUAUCUUUUGAUAUUAUAAUUCAGUGAUUGCAAACUUUUUCAUUCUGUAAACAAAUACCAAAAUAAGUUCAAUGAAAAAUAAAACAUUGGAGAAAAGAACAUA